AUGAGCAAUGAAAGAGUGGACCAGGGUGUCACAGAGGAUCCAGUCACUGUGGAAUGCUUACAGUGGAGGGAAGAGGAAGAUGUGUUUGGUUAUGGUAUUCUGCUGGAGGUGGGGGAAAUGAUGGAUGGUGAUCAUUUGAAUGUGGAGGAUGUGGAGCCUUGUCAAGGUUAUUGGUCAGAAUGGAGCAAUACAUUUACACCAAAUGUGCUCCAAAGAGGAGAUCAAGAAUCACCAGAGAAUCUAUGUCAUUCAAAUGAAUCGUUUAACAAUAUUCAGUGUGAACGUGUUGAUGCCUCCAGCUCGCAAGGCUCGACGACAGCUGACAAUGUGACAUGUGAUCUGCAAGGACUCAAAUGCACCCCGCCACUUUCUGAUAAUGGUUUCAUGUGUCAUGACUACAGAAUUCGAGUAUGUUGUAUAACCAUCAACACAACUACCACCCCAACAACUACCCCAACAACUACCCCAACAACUACCCCAACAACUACCUCUACAACUACCCCGACAACCACCCCAACAACCACCCCAACAACUACCCCAACAACUACCUCUACAACUACCUCUACAACCACCCUGACAACUACCUCGACAACUACGUCAACAGCCACCUCUACAACUACCCCAACAACUACCCUGACAACCACCUCUACAGUCACCCCGACAAUGACCCCAACGACCACUUCUACAACUAUCUCCACAAGACCCUCUACAAUCACCACCACAACCUUCACAACCACCCCCACAAGUAUCUCUACAACUACCCCGACAACAUGCCCUUGCAGCAUUACUGCAAGUAAACAGUGCACUGGAACAUGGAAAGAAAACUGUGCUAUUAAAAGCUGUGUGCAAGGAAAAACUGUCAUUGAAAAAGUCUGCAAACAGGAGAAGCCUGAAUGUCCUAACCAUUUAAAGCCCAUUGAAGUAAUAAAUGAAUGUGGCUGCCUGUCUUGGGAAUGUGGCUGUGAAUGUAGAGUGUGGGGUGAUCCACACUAUCUAACUUUCAAUGGGCUGGCGUAUAAUUUCUAUGAAAACUGCACAUACAUUCUAAUGGAAGAACAAAAUCCAAAAUACAAUUUCAAAGUUCUAGUGGAUAAUUACUUCUGCUUUCCAAGUUUCCCAUAUUCCUGCCCAAAAGGACUAAUUAUUUUUCACAGAGGAGAUAAGAUCACUAUUUCAACUAAUUAUGGCUUUGUGUUGAGAGUUAAUGAAAAGCCAAAAAAAAUUCCCUACAAAGCAGAUGAAGUAAUGGUAACCAAUCGAAAUGCCAGGAGUGUGCGUCUUUACUUCAAUGACAUUAAAACAACGAUCAUAGCUGCUCGGAAUGACUUUAGAAUCAUUGUGUCAGAAAGGUUUUUCUACAACAAUACCCAAGGACAGUGUGGCACUUGUUCAAGUAGUACAAGGGAUGACUGUGUGAGACCAAACGGGGUAAUUGAGUCCUCUGAUUGCUGCCAUAAAACUGCACUUGAUUGGAAGGUUGAUGACCCCAGUAAACCAUAUUGCGAUUCAGCUCCUCAGAAUCAAUCAUGUGUGCCAGUUCCAACUUUCACACCUUGCUCUCCCACGUCGAUUUGUAACGUCAUUCCAGACAACAACGGGGAGAAACGCGCGGAGCGUUCGCAAGGAGGUGUGUCUGGACCUGAAGGUGUCUGCCGAAGACAGCCAGGAUCUCCUUCCACUUCCCACUCCGUGAGCUCAGCUGCCUCGAAAGGAGAGCCGAUGGAACCUGGGUUCGAUUUGCAGUCUGGCCGUGACGGAGAGCCCUGCUGCCAAGAUAGUGCUUACGGAUCAUCUGCUUUAGACACAGACAUGGAAGAGGGCCACACGCCUCCCCACAACAAUAUCAUCUACUACAAUGAAGAACUGUUGCAUAAGCAUCUGAAACCUAAAGAAGAUGAAAACGAUGCAAAUCACCACUGA